AUGGACUCAUACUGUCGCGAGCUGGCCUCGCCAGGCGUUUUCCAGACUGUGCUAUCUGUCCUGAUUAUCCUCGGUAUAAUCCUCUCAUACCUCCCCCAACACAUCCGCAUCAUCUCCCGACGAAGUUCCUUCGGUAUCUCCCCAUACUUCGUCCUCCUGGGUGUAACAUCGGGGACAUCGGCAUUUGCCAAUAUCCUGGUAUUUCCAUCCACCGCGCAAGAUGUCGCCUGCUGCCAGGAGAUCAGCGGGAUUGCAUGCUUCGCAGGGCUGCUGGGUGUCUUCCAGGUGGCCAUGCAGUGGCUCUGUUUCUUUUCCAUUCUUUUGUUAUACGUAAUCUAUUUCCCGCGUGCCACUUCCCCCACAGACCCAGUGGGCACCGUAUCUUCCACCUCCGGUGGGCCGACCUACCGCACCGCGCUCGUCAUAACGGGGAUAUGUCUCUUGCACGCGCUUGUCACGAUCAUGAUUUCACUAGCGUUCGAAUUACGCCACCCGGCCGCUGUCUCGGCCUGGGCGAACUUCCUCGGUGUUCUAGCUGCGAUCCUCGCGUCGAUUCAGUACUUCCCGCAGAUCUAUACUACCUUCCGGCUGCGUUGCGUGGGGAGCUUGAGUAUCUCUAUGAUGUGCAUCCAGACGCCCGGGAGUCUUGUCUGGGCUGCUAGCCUGGCUGCCCGUAAGGGUUGGAGUGGUUGGAGUAUCUGGGGCAUUCUAGUUGUCACGGCCUGCUUGCAGGGUACCUUGUUGACGAUGGCAAUCUAUUUCGACUCCUUCGGAUCCAAAACCGAGUGGAAAGUUGGGCAGCCGGCUGGUCAGAAUGAGGUUCCCGAUGGAUCGACUCUUGCUGGUGAACCUGCGCAUGAGGAGCGACCAUCUGAGGAGACGCCGCUGCUUCAGAGCCAGUGA